GAGCGGGAUAGCCCGCGCUUCGACGACCAUGCUGCAGAUCCUGUGCAGAUUUUGGCGUCCUCGGCGCCCAGAGAGGCUUUCCCUUUGUUAGUUUUUUUUGUUGUUUUAUUUUUGUUUUUUUAAUUUUAAAUUCUCAGUUUCCUCUUUCCCACGAAGCGUCCUUUCACUUGCCGAUAAGAGGGAACUAGAGGAAGAGAGUAAUAACCCUUGCGUGAGGGCCGAAGAUGGAGAAAGGUGCCCAGGUCUCAGACUGCGACAGUGAUGAAACAGUGAUUGAAGGGUCGGUGACAGAGAACGAAUCGGAAGAUGAGGAGCUUCCCUGGAGAAGGUUGCUCUUGAAUCAAGAUAAAACUUUUAGAUCUGAAUUCUUUUUUCAUUCUGGUAUAAAUGGAAUGUGGAAAGGCAUGCAUUCUCCUGAGAUUCAACUUGGACUCAAACUCAGAAAGGACUCACAAGAGCAAAAUAAUAAAAAUAAGGUGUUGCCGGCUCUUAGUGAGGACCUAGUGUUACAGGAUCCUCAGGAUAAAACAACACAAAAUCAAGUUCUGUUACAAACUAGAAAAGAAUUCCCAGCAUUCAGUGUGUCAUUUCCUCACCCUGAAGUUUCAUGGAGUCAUCAAAACACUGGAGGGCCUGAAGCUGAAAAUUGUGAAAAUUUGCCACAAUCAGAAAAGGAACUAAAUGAAAACUCAGAUUCCCCUGAAGUUAGUCUUCUCUCUGAGACUUCUCUUAUGGCAUCUGAUUUGGUUGCAUUAAAGGAGAAAUUAACAGAGCCAGUGAAGACCUUAGCAGUACCAAACACAUUUUCUGAGCCUGGAAAUGAAGUAACACAGGUUAUGACAUCUAAAGAAACCAGAGAUGAAGAAAGCUCUCUUGAAACAUUUGUGUCUACUUUAGAAAAGUUACUAGAAUCACCAGAAUGUAUCCAAGAAGAAAUGCUGGCUGAAAUAAUGAAUGACUUGAAUCCUGAAGAGUUGUUGAACACAUUGAGCAACUCCUUGAGUUCUGUAUCUGUCCCUUUGGAUGCCUUGUCAGCACAUGAUAGAGAUGUACUAGAAAACAAGGCUGAUGCUGUGUUGCCAGCUAAAUUGCUGGAAACUGUCAACACAUUGCCAGGUGCUGAUAUGGGACCCAUCUGUCAAGGACAAGAGAAAAGCAGCAAUGUUAGUGGUGGAAAUGAAUGUUUAGCAGUACACCCCAUCAUGUCUCAGAUAGAUGAAGAUUGUACACAAAUAGCACAGAAUAUGGAAGACCCCAAGCCAUUUAGAUUACAAACAUUGACUCAUGAAAAUGCCAUCUCUUAUGAGCAACUAAAUAAAAAGGAAAAUUCAAAUCCCAUGAAAAACACCUCUACCCAGAAAACACCUCAGGUAUUAAGAAGAUCAUCUAGACUGGAAAAACUGAAAGCAAGUAGAGAUGUGGUGCAUACAGAUGUUGUAUUGAAGAAGCCAAAAAAGAUUUUAUCAAAAGCACUUAGCUUUAAGGAUCAAAUAAAUAGCAUAUUUACAACUGAGAAUUUCAGUAAAAGGAAGAAUAUGCAUUCAUCCAGAUUCAAGAAUGAACAGAUAAGGAAAAAUGAACAACUUAGAAAAAAGAAUGGAACAAGAGAGAUGAAUAAAAUGUGUCUUUGUAACAUAAACCAGAGAAACAUUUUUGGAGAGAAUUUACUGUAUAACGCUGUUCUCCAUAAUGAUAUUGAUCUAGUUCGCUAUUGCAUAAAAAAUGGUGGAAAUGUCAAUCAGCCAAGUUAUGCUGGGUGGACAGCACUUCAUGAAGCUAGUGUAGGAGGAUACUGCCAAACAGUAAGUGAACUAUUAAAGGGUGGAGCAGAUGUGAAUGCCAAAGGAAAGUCCCAGAUUACUCCCCUGCAUGAUGCGGUGAUGAACAGACAGUAUAAGGUGGCAGAAUUACUUCUUAUGAAUGGAGCCGAUCCAUUAUUUAGAAGUGACCAUGGAACAUGUGCUUUGGAUGAGGCCAAAGAUUCAUUUAUGGAGAAUCUCCUUAUGAAAUAUAUUCCUCAACAUAAAAAAUGUCACCUAUCAGCUCAAAGGAACAAUACUGACCCAGCACAUGUAGAAGAUAGAUUUCAGAAUAAGAAACCAAAAUUAAGUUCUAAUAAUUAUACUGAGUUUAUUUGUGAUGAAAAUUUUAAUAGACAAGAACCAGGACAUUUAGAAAUCAAUAAAAAAGGAAGCAACAAUUUACUUGUGAAUAAAGAAUAUGAAUGUGAACAUUGCCAGAAAAAUUCCAAUACCACAAAAUUUGGCAAGUCAGCUGUUAACCAAAUAGACUCUACAAGCUUCAGAGGGGGUAAUCUAAAUGGUGUGAAAGAUAGCCAGACUAAUGUGUCUAAAAGAAAAGGACAAAGAAAUAGACAACAAAAAAAGACUCAAGUAGAUGACAGAGACUGCAAUUUAAGUCAGAAAAUAGCUACUUCUUCUUUCAGGAGAAUGAGUAAAUUACUCACUCAGCAGCAGCAUGCUGCCCAGACACUCAGUGGCCGUCCAGAAGACUCAUUUGACCUUUCUACCUCAAUUCCAUCAAGCUUGGAAAAUGGUAUAGGUAAUAAUGAGACUUAUUUGCUUUCCAAAAAGUCAGAUACCCACGUCCUGGAUUCAUCAGAUAGUCAGGAAAUGCAGUUCUUAGAAUUAGAGUCCAUUGAUCAAGCUGAAGCUGCUUCUGCCUCUGAAAUUUCAUCAUAUAAAGAAAUAAAAUUAUUACCUGUAACUACAGAUCAACAACCUCACACUAACCAAGAGCAAUACAGUAGCCCAUAUAAGUGCCCCAGAAACAAUAGCUCAGGUGAAAAAUAUAAGAGCAUUAAUAAAUGGGAAGAUUCUUUCUUAUCCUUCAUAAAGAGAAGCAUUGCUGACAGUGAUAGUGAUUGCCACAUCUUGGACAAGUCCAUAGCAUCUCCAAAAGAGGGGGUGCACCAUGUUCAUCACGAAGAGAUAAUGACAGAUAAAGACGUAGAUUCUCAACAGCUUCCAUCUUCUGAAAACUAUUUUUCACAAGAAAAUGACCUAAAAGUUCAUACCCUAACUACAUACCUACAAGAGGAAGCUGUUAAUUCUUGUGAUUCAAGUAACACAUUAAUUUCUGCACAACAUACUCCAAAUUAUAGAAACUGUAUACAUGGAACUUCUUUUGAUCACUCAUAUGACAAUACUGAGCAAAGUUCUAUAUCUUGUACAAGACUACCUUCAACACAGAAAGUUUCACCAUUGACUGUUGAAGUGGAGCUAUUAAAUGGAUUCCAGGAUUCUCUAGCCCACAGAGACGCAAGUCUUUUAGUAAAUCAAGCUGGUAUACAUAGUGUGGAAAAGAAGCAAGACACUGACAUGAAUUAUACCAAGAAAGGUCCAAACACAAGUUCUCCAAGUAGCCCUUUACCGACAGUUGUUCAUUCUCAAGAAAUAGAAAUAAUUAAAGCUGAAAAAAGGAUAGAAGACUUUCCAGGAAAUGAGCCCAUGAAUAAUGCAGAUGUUUAUUCCACUGACAAUGUGAAUAAAGAAUUGGCCAAUUCCUCACAACUUACCCAAGAAAAGGAGAAGGAAGUUGUUCAUAAAUCAGAUGCUGAGUUAACUAAUAAUGCCAGCAAUGCAAAAAGAACUUUAAAAAGUUGUGAGCAAAAAAAGGAAAACAUGAACUCUGAAAUCCACAGUCCUUGUGAUAUCCAAGAACACAGAAGAGACCAGAAUUUCAGAAAAAGAAAACGUUCCUUGAAAGCUCCCUGCAGCCAAGGUGUGAACACAACUGGAAUCAGUACGAGGAACGCCAAAGGAGAAAGCCCGCUCCAUGUGGCUUCCAGAGGAGGAAAUCUUUCCCUAGUGAAAGUGCUAAUAGAAGCUGGAGCAGAUGUGAAUCUCAAAGACAAUGCAGGUUGGACACCCCUUCAUAAGGCAUCUAGUGGGGGAUUUGAUGAUGUAAUUAUAGAGUUAUUAAAGGCUGGUGCAAAUGUAAACUGUGAAAAUAGAGAUGGGAUUAUGCCUUUACAUGGUGCUUCUGCAGGGAAUCAUUUAAAGGCAGCUGAGAUACUCUUAGAACAUGGAGCAAAUCCUAGUCAGAAAGAUCAGAAACAGAGGACUGCUUUGGAUGAAGCAGAUGAUGAAAAAAUGAAAGAACUACUAAAAUCCUAUGGUGCUAUUGAGUCCACUAAUGGAGAGAAGAGGAACUCUACAGAUCUAGUAAAAAUUCCUGCUGUUCGGCCAAAAAGAUGUAAGCAGUUUAUCUGUGACAAUGGCAAAGCAAUUGGUUCUCCUGUCCCCUCACAUAAAGAAAAGAGGAGUGAGAGCCUUCCUGCGCAUCAGACUAUCUGUGCCAUUCUACAAGAUAUAGAAGAGAAACAAGAAAAUUUAUUAAAGUUUGAAAUAAGAAACUCUGAAGAUGAAGAACAAUACAUUGGAAAGAUGUUAGAGAUAAAAGAAGUUAUGGAUAAUAUACUUGCUCAACAGAAAACAGAAAGGGAUGAUCUAGCUAAAAAAUACAGGGUAUCUAUGGAGUCAUUUAAGCAUGGGGCCUUGAGAGAACAACUGGCUAACCUGGCCACGAGACAAAAGAGUCUUUUAGUUGUAGCAAAGAAACAGAAAAAGAUAAGACUGAAAAUUCAAAACUAUAAGAAUGCUACACCAAUACCUGGUGUUAGUUUAAGGAAGCUGCCAUGUAACUCAGACAUCUGUAGUGACAAGAAAAGCCAAGAGCCUCCUAGUAUGGGAAACUCAGCACAUGCCCAAUCAGGCUCACUUGCUCCUAUCAAUCCUGCUUAUAGAAGCAUGCAAGAAAUACCAUUGUCUCUGGAAACAGAGAGUGACAGCCAGAAUACUAGCAUUUGUUUAAAUGCAGAGGCAAUAAAAAGAGAAUUCUCUGGAAAUGACACAAAUUCUAAACAAAAUGUCCGGGACUGUGCCUUGGGUGGGUUAUUAAGAUCCAAACCCCAAAAUAACUCUGAGAAAAUUACAUCAUCAUCCCAACCCACUGCUCUUACUCCUCAAGCAGAAAAUUCACAAGCAGAAAAUAUUUUUACAGAAACUACAGUCAAAGGCUGUGGACUUGAUAGUUCUGUACUAACUGGCACUAUAAAUAUUUCAGAAGAUAAAAGUAUAUUUUCCUCAAACAAUGCUAGUCUACCAGAUGUUCCUCAGAAUCAGGAGCUUUCCCGUUGUCAUCCAAAAAGAAGAAACAAGAAAACAGCUUCCCAGCAACCAUCUGAGGGCGCAUCAGAGCCUCUGCCUCAGGCCAUUGCUGUCUUAGAUACCUAUACUGUGCACCAAAUAAUACAUCUUAAACAGUCAGCUUCUGCUGCUCCACAUGCAGAGAGCAUUCAGAUCUCUCCUCCCUCUACAUCUGUCCAUCAACACUCCACUGAAAAGGCUCCACACCACAGCACAACUCCCCAAAAGAAAACUGUGCAGCUGAAAGACUUGAUAUUACUUGGAAGAAUUAAUCCAGGAAACAACAUUCUCGAAUUUAAAACACAGGAGACUACCCACAAAGCCAGUGUUUUACUGAGUGGUAAGCUUAAGGUAGAAAAUGGUCAGAUUUACCAGAACCCAGUCACCUGGCUCAAGGACCUCCUAGGAGGUGCCAAUUAUGUAACCUGGGAUUAUGCCUGGAGUAAGGUAACAUACCUUGGAAAGGAACUUUUGACAUAUGUUUCUGAAGAAGCUCCUAUUUCUACAGAACCACAUGACACAGCUCAGCACCAUCAGCCUUGCCUUCCAGCAGGUACUUCCAGAGAGUCGAUGCAAAUCAUCCCUCAUUAUCUUCAGAUAAAAGAAAUACUUCUAAUCAGCAAGCAAGAGCUUCUGCCAUGCCAUGUAAUGGAGCAGCAUUGGAAGUUCUAUGUGGGACGUAAGAACCUAACAUUCUGAAGCCUUGCUUUCUUGGUAGCUUAGUUAGCAUUUGUUCUUAUAAUCACCAGCCCUAAAUCUCCAACCUGUAUAGUGGGCAUGUCUUAACCUGCACUAUGGGAUAUUUACUGUGAUUUAAAAAAAAAAAAAACUGUUAUGGCCAUUUUAAUGCUUUUUGCCUCUGAAAUCAAGGCAUUUCUGAAUAAAACCAUAUUGAGUCUCC